GAUAGGAUAAAAUAGGAUGCAGCUGCCGGCUCUGUGCUGUGGGACCUCGCUGCUGCUGCUCGUCCUGCCAUGGGCAGGAGCGCAACCUUCCGGCAGCGAGCACGGUGCGGAGCUGCGGUCCCUGCAGGCCCUCCUGGAGGCGCUGGGGCAGCUCUGGGAGGAGGAAGGGGAACUGGGCCUGGAAGACGAGCCGGUGGCCAGGGCUGAGGACGGCGGCUCUGAGUGGGAGCUGCCGAGGGCGGAGGCCGGUGUCCUGGAGCCCGGUGUCCCGGCAGCCCAGGGGCAGAGCCAGUGGAGGAGCCUCCUCUCCUCCUACAGACGGAGACACUUCUCCAGCUGCUUCGGGACGAGGAUGGAGAGGAUUGGCACGCAGACGGGGCUGGGAUGCAACAAAUACAAAGCCCAUAGGUGCCGGGUUAGAGCCCGUGGCUCCAGGAGCGGGGGAGGCUGGAGCUUGUCCUGCAAAGCGGAGAGGACGGGGCUCAAAGCCUCAGAGCGGCUCUCCCAGCAGCUCUCUGCCCUUCUCUCCCAGGUCUCUGGAGAAGAGGGAGAAGCUGAAGCUGGGACCGGCUCCCAAGCGCUUCCAGAGCCUCCAGAGCCUUUGCGAGGGUGGGGUAUGCAGCAAUAA